GUUGUUUUAGUGUGCCACCAUUCAAGGUUCCUUAGCGGUGAUUGAAGUUCGCUCAGUUGAUUUUGGAAAGUUUUGACUGUGACUGCCGUUUCUGGCUGCUGUUCCCGAUAUGACAUCAUCGGAUAAUCUUCCUCUUAAUGAACUUGAAAAGGAAUUGCUAGAUCCGAAUUCGGAAUGUUAUUUGGAAAACUUGUUGGACGUGGUUUCAGCAUUGGUUAGUGAUUGUGACUUUCCUUCCGCUAAAAAUUCAAAAAGCGUGCAGUCUUUCCUUAAAAAAUAUAGUCAAGCUGCCAAAAUUAUUGAAUCACGUCGCACAAAAUAUAAUGAUUUUGAAUUAAUUAAAGUGAUCGGGCAAGGAGGAUUUGGCCGAGUUGAAUUAGCCAGACAUAAGCGUACACGACGUGUUUAUGCCAUAAAAUUAAUGAGUAAACAACACUUAUUAGACCAUAGUCAGUCUGGUUAUUGGGAAGAACGUGAUGUUAUGGUGAAAGCAUCAAGCGAAUGGUUGGUUGCUUGUCAUUAUGCGUUUUUAGAUAAAGACAAUGUUUACUUAUGUAUGGAAUAUAUGCCUGGUGGAGAUUUAUAUUAUUGGUUAGAGAAAUAUGAUACAUUUGAUGAAACUAUUGCACGAUUUUAUCUUGCAGAAACUGUACUUGCUCUUGAAGCAUUACAUGAAUUAGGUUUUAUUCAUCGUGAUUUAAAACCAGAUAAUAUGUUAUUAGAUGCUGGUGGACAUUUAAAAUUAGCCGAUUUUGGUUCUUGUGUACGUGUUGGUGAAGAUGGUUAUUAUUAUUGUACAUCACCUAUUGGUACACCAGAUUAUAUUAGUCCAGAAAUGUUAAGUUGUCAAGCAAAAGCUGGUAAAAUUGGACCUGCUUGUGAUUGGUGGGCUUUAGGUGUUAUUGCAUAUGAAAUGUUUUUUGGUGAACCAGCAUUUUAUGGACAAUCAUUAGUUGAAACAUAUAGUCGUAUAUUAGGUCAUGAAAAAUCAUUACGUAUCCCUACUGAUGCUGAUCCAAUUUCAUCAGAUACUGAAUUAUUUAUUAAAGAUUUAUUAAAAUCAUCUACAACUCGUUUAGGUUCAUUUGAUUUAUUAACAGAUAUUGAAAUUAAAUUAGCAAAAAAUAAUCGUGCUGUUGCUGCUGCUCAACAAAUUAAAUCACAUCCUUUCUUUAAAUCAAUAAAUUGGGAACAAUUAAGAUCAGAGAAUGCACCAAUUCAACCAGUUGUUAAUUCAGAAACCGAUACAUCAAAUAUUAAUUUUGAUGAAAGAGAUUUAAGUUCAGAUAGUAGUAGCGGUGGUGCUGGUGGUAUGAAAUUACCUCAUAGUGGUGGAGCAUUUGCACCAGCACGUCCACAACCUCCAGCUUAUUUUACUGGUAGUAAUUUAUCAUUUGCUGGUUUUACAUUUAAUCGUUAUCAUCGUUAUUUAGAAAUGUUCUCACGUAAUCUAAACAAUCAUAAUACAAUAGAUCUAAAAAGUAAUAAUCAUCAACAAACUUUAUUAAAUGAAACAUUAGAACGUCAAAAAUUCACUGAACAAACAUUAAAUGAAUUAAAACAAUCUUAUCAACAAUUAGAAUGUCAAUCUAUUAAAGAUCAAAUUACUUUAAAAGAUCUAAAUAGACGUUAUAUUGAAUCACAAAAUGAAAUAGAUCAAUUAAAGAAUAUGAAAGUUGAUUUAGAUCAUCAAUUAAAUGAUCUUUAUACACAAUUAAGUAAUAUACAAUAUGAACGUGAAUCUAUACAUAAUGAAUUUAAAGAAUUAGAUCAACGUUAUCAAUCUAUGAAUUUGAGCUUAGAUAAUGAACGUCGUGAUAAUUCUUCAUUAAAAACUGAAAAAGAACAAUUAGAACAUCGUAUUCAUCAAUUAGAACGUGAAUUAAAACAAAAAUCAAUUGAAUUAGAUCAAAUCAAAGCACAAUUAAUGAUCACAUCUCAAUCGAUCAAUGAUCCUUCUACUACUAAUACUACUACUGUUAGUAGUAUACACCAAGAUAAUCAUGAUCAAGAUGGUAUUAUUACACAACAAAAUGAAAUGAUUCAUAAUUUAAAACAUCAAAAUACUAAUUUACUUAAAGAGAAUGAAGAAGUUCAAGAGAAGUGUACAACAUUAAUGAAUCUUGUCACAGAAUUACGUUAUAAUUUAGAAGGACAAAUUAAAGAAUUAACUGAACAAUUACAUAAUAUACAAGAAUUAAAUAAUAAUCAUUUAAAUAAAUAUAAAGAAACUUAUGAAUUAUUAGAACAAUCGAAAUUAUCCGAAGAGAAUAUACGUCGUGAUUUAUUAGUAACUAAAGAAAAUCUUGAAGUAACCAUGACAACAAAACGUUCUAUGGAAGAACAAUUAAUACAAAAAGAAGUGGAAUUAUCUAUGACACGGAUACGUUUACGUAAUUUAGAUACAAAUUUAAAUACAUUACGUAAUAGUUCAAAUAAUGAGAUUCUACGAUUAAAAAAUUUAUUAGAUCGUAAUAUGAAUGAAAUAGAUAGUUUAUCAAAACAAUUAGAUGAAAUGAGAAAUCAUUGUAGUACUAUAGAAACAACAAAUAAUACACUUACUGAACGUAUACAACAAUUACAAAAAGAUAAAGAUAUACAACAACGUAAUUUAGAUACAUUAGUUGAGAAAUUUUAUAGUGAAAUGAAAUCUCGUACAAUACAACCACCGCCAAAAUCUAAACUCAAUAAUUCACAUCGUCAUAAUGAUGAUGAAUAUAAACAAUUAGAAAAAAAAUAUAAAAAUUUACAAUCUACUAGUCAUAAAGAUAUACAUAAUUUACAUAAUACAAUAGAUCAAUAUAAAAAAGAUUUAGCUGAACGUAAUCAACAUAUAACACAAUUAACUGAACAAUAUCAAUUAAUUUAUAAAGAAUUAAUACAACAAAAACAAUUAGAAAGAAAUUUACGUACACGUUUAAAUUAUUAUGUACAACUACAAUUGAUACCAUCAAUGAUGAAACAAUCUAUUCAUGAUGAUCACAAUGAUCCCGAUCAUCAUGAUGAUGAUGAUCCUAAUACAACUCCUACUCCUACUAGUACUACUACAGUGGAUCAAUCAAUACAAUCUCAGAAUCCAACAUUGAUAUUACCUAAUAAUAAUACUAAUAAUAUGACAAUGGAUCCAAUGUGUGGAAUGAAUACAAAUAUAUUAAGUAUAGUCUUAGAAGAUAUAGUUGAUAUUGAUAGUAAAGGUCGAGGUAAAAAUAAAUUAAUAUGGUUACCAAAAUAUGUUGUAUUAAAACGUUUCUCAUUAUUAUUUUAUACAUCAAAAUGUGAAUAUGAAUCAAAUCCUUCAUUAGCUGAAGAGAUUCCAUUAUAUCGAAUUAUGCAUGUACGUGAAGCAACUGAAUUAGAUUUAAUUCAUGCAAAAAAAGAAGAUUUAAAUAGAACUAUUCAAUUAUUUUAUCAAAAUCCAACAAAAAUUCAACAUCAUAUCUAUGAUGCUAAUAUUAUAAAUAAUGAUGAUAAUGAUAAUAUUGAUUUAUAUGAUACAAGUAUUACAUCAUCAAUAGCACCACCAUCACAACAACAACAGCAACAGCAACCACAGCAACAACAACAACACCAUCAAUCUUUAUUGAAAUUAUCAAGUAAAUCCAAUCAAGAUAUUACUACUCUUAUUAGUAGUAGUAGUAGUAGUAAUACUACUACUAAUAGUACUACUACUACUAAUAAUAAUAAUAAUAGUAAUACAAUACAAUGGAUGAAUCAUAAUUUUCAAAUAAUGCGUUUUCAUUUAGGUAAUGUAUUAUGUGAUAUAUGUCAUAAAAAUUGUUCUGAUUUAUUAAAUCCACCAAAAGCAUUAGAAUGUUUACAAUGUCGUAUGCGUAUUCAUAUUGAUCAUAUAGAUAAACAUGAAAAAUUUGUCUCAUGUCAUAAUGCUACAAAUGUACGUUAUAUAAGAAUGUCUAAUUCAGCUAUAUGUAAAUUAUGGAUUGAACAAUUAAUGUAUUUACGUCAAUAUUUAAAAGAAUUACAACAAACUAAUGAACAAACCAAUAUUAUAGAUAAUCAUAAUACUACUAUUAAUCAUAAUCAUAAUAUUGUACAUAUGAAUUCAAUGAAAUCAUUAUAUCGUAGUAUACGUGCUGGUUCAUUAGGUCCUCCUUCUUUAUCUAGUACUAGUACGCCAACGACGACGACGACGAUGAUGACGACAACAACAACAACGUCAAUGUCAACAUCAAGUACUUUAACAAAUACUAAUCAAAAAUCUGAUUUUCAAUCUUCAUUUCGUAAGAAAUUAAUUGGACCAAUAAUGAAUGUUACCAAUAAUAUUACAACAUCUAAUGUAAGUCAUUUAUUAUCACCAAAAUAUAAUAAAUCACCACGUUCAUUAUCACCAUCAAUGAAUAAUUAUCAAAAAUAA